AUGGUGUCUAGAACCAGCGAGCUGGGCGAGGCACCACCACCACAACGUCCAUCCUCCAGAGCAGCAGCGGUAGCAGCAGCAGCACCGCCCGGGACACCAACCAAACCACGACUAUCGAGACUCGGUUCCAGUCCAACCAAACGAGAGGACAAGCCUAGGGACGACAGGGGACCGAAGACGUCAGCUAAGGAUGUUGCAGAACUCAAGGAUUAUCAAUUGGGUGACUGCUUGGGUCGAGGAGCGUUUGGGUCUGUGUACAGAGCGCUCAACUGGAAUACUGGGGAGACUGUCGCGGUCAAGCAGAUCAAACUGGUUGACUUGCCUAAGAGUGAAUUGCGGGUGAUUAUGCUGGAGAUUGAUCUGCUGAAGAACUUAGAUCACUCCAACAUUGUCAAGUACCAUGGAUUUGUGAAGUCUGCUGAAACCCUGAACAUCAUUCUUGAAUACUGCGAGAAUGGCUCCCUACACUCCAUCGCGAAGAACUUUGGCCGCUUCCCGGAGAAUCUAGUCGGACUCUACAUGUCCCAAGUCCUCCAUGGACUCUUAUAUUUGCACGAACAGGGUGUGAUACACAGAGACAUUAAAGGUGCUAACAUCCUCACCACCAAAGAAGGCCUAGUGAAGUUGGCAGAUUUUGGUGUGGCUAGCCGCACAACCGGCCUCAACGAGGCUAGCGUUGUCGGUACCCCAUAUUGGAUGGCACCCGAAGUAAUCGAACUGACAGGUGCGACUACGGCGUCAGAUAUCUGGAGUCUUGGGUGCACUGUCAUCGAAUUGUUGGAGGGGAAGCCUCCGUACCACAAUCUUCAACCUAUGCCGGCUCUAUUUCGCAUCGUCAAUGAUGAUCAUCCUCCUUUGCCACAAGGGGCUUCCCCAGCUGUCAAAGACUUCCUUAUGCAAUGUUUCCAGAAAGACCCCAACCUUCGUGUGUCUGCGAAGAAGCUUCUUCGACACCCUUGGAUCGUCAAUGCUCGCAAAUCUGAUUCAGUAGUUCCCAAUGAGGAGGCAGUCAAGAGCGUCCAGGAAUGGAAUGAAGCUCUUCGCUCGCCAAGCGCAGGUACUAUACGCAAGCAUUUGAGACUUGACCAACAUUCAACACCUUCCCGUUAUACACCAACGAAGGAUAUUUUACCAACUCCAGUCUCCAGUGGAAAUGUUGCAGACAAGUUCCGGUCACCUAUUUCUGGAGAAGACGAUAACUGGGAUAACGAUUUUGAUAAUGCCAUCUCCCCCAGCGCUCUGCAUUUGCCUCACUUGAGACCGCAUGAUAAUUUUGGUGGCCUGCUGUCGUCUGAGAAGCUCAAGGCAUUUGCUUCCCUUGAUGGGACAAUGACGAGAUCCGGGGGUAGUUUUGAAGAAUUCGGUGAAGAUCUCUGGAGAAUCUCGAACCAGAGCAGUGAGCCAGACUUGGAGACUAUUCGGCCGUCACCUCAGCGGCAAAGUACAGCCCAAAAGCUGCAGCGCUAUCAACCCAGCAUCCAUGAUGUCCCGAUAUUGAACCCGAAUCCCACACCGCCGGCGCGACCCCCUCGACCAGCUUCUUACUAUAAGGAGAAUCCCGAUGAGGAUUACUCUGAUCUUAUCAUGGCAAACGAAGACGUUUUGGAUAAAAAACUUGGUGCUUUUCAAGAACCCGACGGAAAUGCUAUGCUUGUACCAUCUCCUUCGCAUGAAAUGGUCCGCUAUCAGUGGCCUACUACCAUCGAGGAAGAUGAAGAGCCUCCACAGCCCCAGUUGAAGAAACGGAUCUCAGUCAAGCGUCACCGUGCCAUUGAAAUAACAAAAUUUGCGGAGAAUGAGGACGAUGAGGAUUUUUCCGAUAUCUUGGGUCCUAAUGAGUCGACACUGGAUAAGGCUGAUAGUGAUGGGAGCUCAGACAAGAGCACGUUAAUGCUGACGUCGAAGCUAUCUAAUAGAUCCUGGCUCGGUGACCAGGACGAUGAGGAUGACCCGUUUGCGCAGCUCGAAGAAGGAUUCGAUGAAAUGGACCUAGAGGCCAAUAUUGCACGCGACAAGCAUGCUCGUCUCCGGAAUCAGGUCGAGGGACUUGUUAGCACAUUGAAGACCUCGCAAGAUGAAGAGGUGCUGGCUGAUAUCUCCGAUCAACUAUUGACGGUGUUCUGCGAUUUACCAGAAACGAAGAACAUCAUUAUGAGUGCCCAUGGGUUACUCCCAAUCUUGGAAAUCCUGGACACAUGCCGUCGGCGUGAUGUUAUUGCAUGUCUGCUAAGGAUCGUCAACGCAAUCAUCUUUAAUGACUACGAGAUCCAGGAAAAUUUGUGCUUUGUUGGAGGGAUUCCAAUCAUUAACGAGUUUGCGUCGAAGAAGUACCCUCGUGAGAUUCGACUUGAGGCAGCUGCUUUUGUGCAACAGAUGUAUCAGACAUCCACUCUCACGUUGCAGAUGUUUGUCAGUGCUGGAGGUUUGAACGUUCUGGUCGAGUUUUUGGAAGACGAUUAUGAAGAUGAGCGUGAGCUUGUCUUGAUCGGGGUAAAUGGGAUUUGGAGUGUUUUCGAGUUGCAGGGUUCGACUCCGAAAAACGACUUUUGCAGGAUCUUGUCCCGCAACUCCGUUUUAGACCCUCUGUCUCUUGUCUUGAGCAGGGUAUUGGAUGAAGAGGGUGAACUGGCCGGAAUUGUUGAAGGACGAAUUGCAAACAUCUUCUUUAUCUUCUCGCAGGCUGAAAAUCAUGUCAAGGAGAUGGUCGCUGAGCGAACAGUUCUGCAUCGGGUUCUGAAAGAGUUGCGGCGCAUGACUCCGGCCCAUCAGAUCACCAUGCUGAAGUUCAUUAAAAACCUGUCGAUGCUCUCGACUACUCUUGAUUCUCUCCAGAAUUCGAAUGCCAUUGACGUGCUGGCAGACUUGUUGCGUUCAACCUUCAAGCGUCCCCAUUUCCGAGAAGUCUCUAAUCAAAUAUUGAAUACGAUCUACAACAUGUGUCGACUCAAUAAGUCACGACAAGAGGACGCAGCCUUGAAUGGCAUUGUACCUCUGCUUCAAAAGAUUGUCAAGACUGACAGACCUCUGAAGGAAUUCGCUCUACCGAUCCUUUGCGACAUGGCGCACUCCGGCAAAGUCGGUCGCCGUGAGCUGUGGCGUAACAAGGGUCUCACCUUUUACAUCUCUUUACUUUCCGAUCCAUAUUGGCAGGUUACCGCUUUGGAUGCUAUCUUUACCUGGCUCCAGGAAGAAACGGCAAAGGUCGAAGAGCACUUGCUGGAAAACCGCCCGGACAGGCCAUCUUUUACGGACUCGAUCGUCAAAUGCUUGACCAUUUCCAAAGCCAAUGCUUUCGAGAACAUCCUCGAACCUCUUCAGAAGCUCCUAAGAUUAAGUCCCCCGAUUGCUUCGACACUUGCACGACCAGACCUCUUCACGAGAUUAGGUCAGAAACUGCACCACAGCAAAGCUGCAGUUCGAUUGAACCUCCUCCGCAUCAUAUCGAGUAUUUGUGAUUCCAGUGAAGAGCAAGGUGGUCUUCUUGCUACAUAUGGUCUGCUUGGUGCCAUCAGCGAAUUAGAGAAUGACUCAGCCAUUCUGGUCAGAGACAUGGCCGGGAAACUGAUCAGAUCGAGCGAGACGUACGGUCUAGGUAAACGCAAACAAGGUAUGAGACGCCAAAGCACAUCCACCACAUCACCCGGUCUUCUACCAAACCAAUCCGCCCCGUCAACCCCUCGAACAAGCCAGUCGAAAGGAUACUACGAAGGACGGGAGUCACGACAUCCACGGAACGCUCUUAGCGGAUCAGCGCUGGUAUUGCGACCCGCGAGUCGGGAAGGUGGAAGCCCUGUCCUACCACCACCUGGGUUGAAUCUGAAUGGUGCUUCUGGGGCAGCAAGGAACAGGCUGCCUCGUGGGAUGAUGCCUAAGCGGUCUCAUACGGACUUGUUGCCGGAAGAUGAAAUGCGACCUCCAAGCUCGCUAUCCCGACGAGAUUCGAUUCUUUACCGGAGGCAACGACCUACGCAGGGAGAGGAUUGGGUGUCAUGA